AUUUUAGCUGUACAUUUUAGCUCUAGUUCAUCAUCUGAAUCUCGAACGGUCUUAUAUUUACCUGUCAGGAUGAUUCUUCCCAACAGAAAAGUGUUAGCUGUCGUGUGUUGGAUGAUGUGUGUGACACUCACAAUGUCCCAGGGUUCACCUCCAGUUCCUAGUCUCAGUUAUGGGUACGGAGUGAAUGAAAGUAAUAUUCAGCUGUACACUAAAGUUGUUUUUAAAUGUGAGGUCACAUAUAAUGCUCUAUUUCCCAUAACUCUAUAUAUCGGCAAGCUUGAAAGUCCAUCACAGAGCCCCGAAACCACAAAACCCUGGGCGGCGUCUGACGUCAUUAAAUAUUCGACUACAAUUGUUUUCACUGUCAUUCCCCAGCCUACCACAGAGGGAGAUGUAGUGUGCUGGUACAAUUCCACUCGCAAUGGACAGACGUCUGGAUUCAGUAACCCUCUUAAAUUAGUCAUAUCAUCCCUCCCUCCUCCCAAAGUGAGUUUGCAUCCCAAACUAUUUGCUUUUGGUGGGAAUUACACUGUGUACUGUGAUUCAACUGCUGAUAUGGCAACUAACUUCUCAAUGAGUUUGUAUUACCGGAACCUUCCUGUGACCCCUAACACCACCUUGAUCAGCCUGGGUUCUGUGAAUCUCACAGGAAACAAGAAUAGGAUCGUUUUAACACAGAAAAAUGUCAACUUUAAAGUAGAAUUUGUCUGCACAAUGGAGAUGUUGUACAAAGGAAAACUCCUACGCUCACCGCUGUCUAAUUUUGAGGAAGCUAUCCCAGAGGAACUUUCAAUACAACUCCAGAGUGAAGGCAGAGCACGUAGUUGUCUGGGAAAUUUAUAUAUCAAGCUCAGAGACAAUUGGAAAGGUGUUUGUCAGGAAGACAUUACCACAGCGUCUUCAUCAGAAACAGCAGCAGCUACAGCUUUAGUGGCGUGCAGGGAGUUGGGAUGUGGGCAUGUGAUCGGCUGGAAGAGGGUUGCGGACAGCUUUAUGAGCGGUCCUUCAACUGGUGGAGUUAGAUGCAACGGGAGCGAAAAUAAGAUUCGAGAUUGUCCAAUGGAUGAUUUUACGUACUGCAUAAAAAAUGCUCUCCAGAUAGUUUGUUCAGAUGCACUGCCUCCUCCUAAGCUAUCAGUGAUUGGACAUGGCCCUGUCUCCAAACUGUAUGUCAAUGACAAACAGUCUGUGGAUAUCUCCUGUUCCUUCAACUCACCAUUCUUGACAUCAUAUGACACUGUAACUCACCCGACGGACAUGGUCUUCAGGCACAACGGCGUUGUUUUGAGAGACCCGUACACGAGACCAAACAGCAGCAGUGUGUUGACUAUAUAUUACCCAGUGCCCGAAGGAGAAUACGACUGUCUGUUUAAACUUGAUAGGACGUUCCUGUCCCAGCCCAGUAACCCGGUCUUCAUUUACAUAUACAAUCCUCCUGAUCCAGUACCAAUUGUGGCAGGUGUUCUUACGACUGUAUUUGGGGCAGCAAUUCUGUUAUAUCUUUGUGUAUUUAGAGCAACAAAAGUGAUUGAAAGCAAUGAAACUGCACCAAGCUCUUGUGACCCGGAGGCAACCAACACCCAUACAACACAGCCAGAGAGCAACUUGAAUCACUUACCUCAGCAACUGUAAUCCAGUGGAAUUUAAUUUAUGGUUUACAGGCUUAGUAAGUGAAGCAUAGACAUAAAUCAUCUUGACAACCUUUCUCAUGAAAUACUAUGUUGGAUGAAUGGUGAUGUGUUGAGUAGUAUGCACUUUAACAUAAAGGGUUUUUCUUCAAGGCAAAUUCCUUUGGUAAAAGUGUUUUUCAAAGUAUAAGAGAGUUGAUGUAUUUCUUUUUUUUUUAAAUGAAUGCAUUAAUAUUUAAUAAUUAACUUUGCAUGCUAUGCACAUAAUGCAAAUAUUAUUAUAUUAUUGAAAAUAGAAGCUUGCAUUGGCUUUAAUUGAAUUUAUUGCUCAAUUAAAUAUUUUUUAUAGUUUCUUGCUAGUUCUGUAUUGUGCUUUUAAACUAUAUGCAGCUAGAUAAUAUCCUCAAACAUAAUCAUAGUUGAUAAAAUAUAAAAGGUACUCAAGCAACAAAAGAGAAAGUGAGUCAAAGUUGUGGUCUCAGAUUUAUUGUAUUCAGAUUUAAGGUUGUUACAAAGUCAAUCAAUACAAAAUAAAUCUGGUUGAACGUGGUUUCAGUUUAGUUUUGUUUUCACAAAUGAACCAUUUCUGAAAAGCACUGCAAAAUACGCCCUGGAAGCCCUUUGAAUACAGGGGAAGUCUAAGGUAUUACAGUUGGAUGGAUACCACACAGUAAAUGGAGCUGUCAGUUUUCAACAAAGCAAGUACAAGGUUUAAAAGAGACGGUCCCGAGAAAUGCCAUCGUGUCUGUUUUUUGCUGUAACAGUUCUGCCUUGUGAUGUUAUGUGAA